CGCCACAUGUGACGCCACUGUAACCAGGGGUAUUAGUAGGUGGAGCUAUUGACUUUACUGUAGACGGUCACGCUCUGUUAAACAAACGCAAAGUGGCCACAAAAACAUGAAUACAAGGUAUUUCUGACUAUAUUCUUCGGACGGAAAUCAAAAUACAAACGGUUCCAGAGCAGCUCAGCCUAGUGGUGUACAGGUGGUUAGCAGUCAGCCAUGGAUACCACCACCUCCCUGAAGAUGACCUCUCUGGCCAUCCAGAGUCUGUUCAGCUACGUGGAGGAGGAGAACCUGGCUGCCAUCAAAGCACAUUUGGACAAGUUCAGAGAUGUGGACAGCAGGAGUGAUAAUGGACAGACUCCCCUCAUGGUGGCGGCAGAGCAGGGCAAUCUGGAGAUAGUACAAGAGCUCAUUAAGAGAGGAGCCAACGUUAACUUGGAUGAUAUUGACUGCUGGACAGCGUUGAUCUCAGCAGCUAAGGAAGGCCACAUCGAGGUGGUGAGGGAACUGCUGGAGAACAAGGCUAACCUGGAACAUCGAGACAUGGGAGGUUGGACUGCUCUCAUGUGGGCAGCCUAUAAAGGUCGUACAGAUGUGGUCCAGCUGCUCUUGGAAAAAGAAGCUAACCCCAACAUCACUGGUCAGUACAGCGUCUACCCCAUCAUCUGGGCGGCAGGUCGAGGCCACGCAGAGAUUGUCCGUCUCCUGCUGCAGCACGGCGCCAAGGUCAACUGCUCCGACAAGUAUGGUACCACUCCUUUGAUCUGGGCAGCCAGGAAGGGCCACUAUGACAGUGUGAUGCACCUUCUGGCCAACGGAGCUGAUGUGGACCAAGAAGGAGCGAACUCAAUGACGGCUCUGAUUGUGGGAGUAAAAGGUGGCUAUACAGAUGUUGUAAAGGAGCUCCUGAAGAGAAACCCAAAUGUCAACAUGACGGACAAGGAUGGCAACACAGCCCUGGCCAUUGCUGCCAAGGAGGGUCACACCGAGAUCGUACAGGACCUGCUGGAUGCCGGCACCUAUGUCAAUAUUCCAGACAGGAGCGGGGAGACAAUGCUGAUUGGAGCAGUGAGAGGAGGUCAUGUGGAGAUAGUCCGAGCUCUUCUGAACAAAUAUGCUGAUAUUGACGUCAGGGGCCAGGAUGGAAAGACUGCCCUCUACUGGGCAGUGGAGAAAGGUAACGCUACCAUGGUGAGAGACAUCCUGCAGUGUAACCCUGACACCGAGAGCUGCACUAAGGAGGGCGAGACCCCACUAAUCAAAGCAACAAAAAUGAGGAACAUAGAGAUAGUGGAACUCCUGCUGGAUAAAGGAGCCAAGGUGUCUGCAGUGGAGAAGAAAGGAGACACGUCCCUCCACAUUGCCAUCCGUGGGCGAAGUCGAAAGUUGGCUGAGCUGCUGCUGAGGAACCCUAAAGAUGGCCGCCUGCUUUACCGCCCAAACAAAGCUGGAGAGACACCAUACAACAUUGACUGUACCCACCAGAAAAGCAUCCUCACACAGAUAUUUGGAGCCAAGCACCUCUCCCCCUCUGAGUCAGAUGGAGACAUGUUGGGUUAUGACCUGUAUAGCAGUGCUCUAGCAGACAUCCUUAGUGAGCCCACCAUGCAGCCACCAAUCUGUGUUGGACUGUACGCUCAGUGGGGCAGCGGCAAGUCUUUCCUUCUUAAGAAACUGGAGGAUGAGAUGAAGACCUUUGCAGGCCAGCAGAUAGAGCCAUUGUUCCAGUUCUCUUGGCUGGUGGUCUUUCUCACCCUGCUACUUUGUGGCUCAGUAGCCGUGGUUCUGGGCUUUACUGUUGAUCCCAAGCUGGCAAUUGCCGUCUCUCUCACCCUCCUCGCUCUGCUCUACAUCUUUUUUGUGUUGGUGUACUUUGGAAGUCGACGUGAGAGGGAGAGCUGGAACUGGGCGUGGGUCAUCAGCACCCGUCUGGCUCGCCAGGUCGGUUACCUCGAGCUGCUCCUCAAACUGAUGUUUGUCAACCCCCCUGAACUUCCUGAGCAGACCACCCGCGCACUGCCUGUCAGGUUCCUGUUCACAGACUAUAAUCGUCUGUCCAGUGUUGGAGGGGAGACCUCCAUGGCCGAGAUGAUUGCCACACUCUCUGAUGCCUGUGAGAGGGAGUUUGGCUUCAUGGCCACCAGGCUCUUCAGGGUUUUCAAGAAAGACGAGAUCCAAGGUAAGAAGUGGAAGAAAACAUGUUGUGUUCCUUCCUUCGUGCUGUUUUCCUUGACACUGGGAUGCCUGAUCACUGGUAUGGCCCUUUUGGCCAUCUUUAAGGUGGACCCUAAUAACUUGACAGUAAAUGCAGUGCUGAUAGCCAUGGCCAGUGUGGUGGGCCUUGCCUUACUGCUCAACUGUAGGACCUGGUGGCAGGUGGCCGACUCCGUCCUCAACUCCCAGAGGAAACGGCUGCACAGUGCUGCCAACAACUUGCAUAGACUCAAGAGUGAAGGAUUUAUGAAGGUUCUGAAGCAUGAAGUGGAGCUAAUGUCAAAAAUGGCCAAAACCAUUGAUGGCUUUACCCAGAACCAGACACGCAUGGCUGUCAUCAUCGACGGACUGGACGCCUGUGAGCAGGACAAAGUUCUGCAGAUGCUGGACACGGUGAGGGUACUUUUCUCCAAAGGCCCUUUUAUCUCCAUCUUUGCCAGUGACCCCCAUAUUAUCAUCAAAGCUAUCAACCAAAACCUUAACAGUGUGCUGAGAGACUCCAACAUCAACGGACAUGACUACAUGAGGAACAUCGUCCACCUGCCAGUAUUCCUCAACAGCAGAGGCCUCAGCACGGCCAAGAAGCUCUGCAUGGCAGCCCCCAUCAAUGGAGAGCCAUUGCCUGCUGAGGGAUGGCAUGAAGACAUCGACAGGAGGAUGUCUCAGACCAGCCAAGACCAGGCCAAGUUUGGCAGCAAGAACGCCUUAAACCGCAGGGACACAUACCGGCGUCGGCAGAUGCAGAGGACCGUCACCAGACAGAUGUCCUUCGACCUGACCAAGCUGCUGGUGACCGAGGACUGGUUCAGCGACAUUAGCCCACAGACCAUGAGGCGGCUGCUCAACAUUGUUUCUAUCACAGGUCGUUUGUUGCGGGCCAAUCAGAUCAUCUUCAACUGGGAUCGUCUGGCAUCAUGGAUCAACCUGACAGAAGAGUGGCCUUACAGAACAUCGUGGAUCAUCCUCUUUUUGGAAGAGUCUGACGGAGUGCCUGACCAGAUGGCUUUGAAGACCAUCUAUGAGAGAAUCUCCAAGAACAUCCCCACCACUAAGGAUGUGGAACCGCUGCUAGAGAUCGAUGGAGAUAUCCGCAGCUUUGAGGUCUUCCUGUCUUCCAGGACCCCCGUUCUUGCUGCCAGAGAUGUGGAUAUGUUCCUGCCCUGCACCGUCAACCUGGACCCAAAACUAAGAGAGAUCAUAGCAGAUGUGCGGGCGGCCAGGGAGCAGAUGCACAUGGGAGGAGUGACCUAUCCCACGCUGCCCCUGCAAGACGCGGUGCCACGUCCCCAGUCAGGUUAUGGCCAGCACUUGGCCGCCUGCUCCCCGGCGGGCUCCUUCGCCGGAUCCCUGCCUCCUCAGCCUCACAGUGCUUACUUCAGUGGGAUGACUGGCCCUCAACACCCCUUCUACAACCGGCCUUAUUUCCCCCAUCAUGUGUAUCAACAGCCACGGCCUUACUCCCACCAUUACCCCUCAUCCUCGUGCCCCUCCAUUAAACCUAAGGACAACACCAAUGGAGGACUUGAUGUUAUUGCAGAGGAUGCCAGAGAAAGCCUCCCCUCCUGUCCCUCUGAUCCUAGCCUGCAUUUAAAGUCGCUGCCUUACAAACUAAAGCAGGUCUCUCCUGCGGUCCUGCUUAGCUCUAUGAACACAGAUGCAGUGUGUGAGCGUCUCAGACAGAUAGAUGGAAUCGACUCUAGCAUGCUGCCACAGUACACCUCCACCAUCAAGAAGGCUAAUAUAAAUGGUCGAGUGCUGUCUCAAUGCAACCUGGACGAGCUGAAGAAAGAGAUGGAGAUGAACUUUGGCGACUGGCAGCUCUUCAGGGGAAUGGUGAUGGAACAACGGCAUGCUGAAAGCCAGGCUCUGCUUCAAGAUGAGUCCCGAGCUGCUAGCGAGCAGGGCAGUAGCGUGCAACACGGGGAGCCCAGCAGGCACUCCGGGGGGGUCCAGCAUGAAGCGGCGGCCUUCAGCCUCAACCUCAGCUUCGAAGAGCUCAGCGGAGUGGGGCUGGAGGAACCUCCAAGACACAGCAACAACUCGCACUGGCCGGUGGUGAAUCUCCACACCUCAAGCAUGUCCAGCCUCAACUCUCAGGAAUCCUCUAAUGACAUCUGCAAGCUGACAGACAAGCAGCAGGCUGAGUAUCACGAUGCCUACAGGGAGUACAUCUCUCAGAUGGCCCAGCUGGAGAUGUCCGGCGGUGGAGGAAAGAGGCCUGUACAGCCCCACCCUGGACAAUUCCUUCAGGCUGCCAGCUCAGAGGACAAAGGGGCCAAAGAAGGAGCUGACCAAGACAGCCGCAAGUCCUUCACCAAGAGAAGCUCCAAGACAAGCGAUGUCACGGACUUCCCCUCAGGGACUGAUGCCCAGCCUCUUGACCCCAUCAGUGAAGAGGAUGAGAAGCUGGACCACGGCACAUCAUCUAGGACUCCAGGCACUAGGAAGAAGGGAGCCGGGUCAUUGUACCACAAGCUGCCCAACGAUGAAGACUCUGGCCCAGAAGAAGCGGACAACACCACACCUCUCCUCCACCAAGAAGCUAGAGCUCUGUUCUCCUACUGCGGCUCCCAGCCCACUGGGCUGCUGACCAAGCCUGGCUACCUCAGCGAAAUCAUCCUGGAUAAGAAGGACUCGUCCGACUCAGGGAUGCGCUCCAGUGACAGCUCCUCAGACCGCUCUCUGGAGGAGGCCGAAGGAGACAGCGAGAGAGAAGCACUGAAGCCCAGCCUGAUCGAGCUGGAGCUGGAGGGCCUGGUGAAGAAGAGAGGCCUCCUCCCCAGCAGCCUGAGCGGCCUGCAGGACGCGGCAGUGGCCCGCAUGUCCAUCUGCUCCGAGGCUCCAUCCGAAGCCAGCCUAAUGGCCAGCAGCCCAGAUGACGUGUGGCCGUCCAGCGGGGUCAGCAACCUCAACUGCAGCGCCAGCAACAGCACCCUUAACAACAACUCAAACAGCCCUGACGACACCACCACCAACACUAACACCAACAACAGUCAUCAGCAGCCGGCUAACAUCACAGGCACAGCGUCCACUACCUCCUCAUCCAGCAUCGACGUCUCGCCAGCUGUCAUCAUCACCCCCGGCAGCAGCAGCACUGACAACACCACAACUGCCGCCAUCCACAACCAGAACCUUCGCACCAUCAGCCUGGGAGAUGAGCGGGAGAGUGUCCUCUGACAAGCUGAUCGUUAUUCUGACAAGGGUCACGUAGACUGUUGUUCUUGAUGUUGUUGCUGACAUUAUUAUACUGUUGGUGUUGUGACGUGUUUCAAAGAAUUAGAAUAGAUAUGUGUUCUACUGUUAGAAAAGGAAAUGUGCUGAGUGUUGCUGUGAAUCAAGAGUAGUGCAUUCAAAAGCUGUAAUUAGUUGGUUAGUAAAAAAAAAAAAAAUCACCUUUAUCAAAACAAUUACAAAUCUAAAGAUAUUCAUAAUUACGAUUGGAAUUUGUACCAGAAAUGUUUCAUUCUGGUCAAAUUGGGAUUGCUUUAGCUGUCCCAAUGCGUUUGGAUAAUUGAUGUUUGAUAUCGUUGUUGUGUGAAUGUGGUGCUGUUAUCAAAAUAGUGUGUCUAGUGAUAAAAUGUUACAUGUUGUGGACAUGCGUUACAUAAAAAGAAGUGUUUUUCAAAAAAUGUAGUCACGACUGAAAAAGCUCUGUGUUACUCAGGACUUUUGUCUCAGACGUGGUGCUGUUGUGUGGUAGUUACACUAUUUCAAAUAGAUAGCAGCGUAGACAGAGGUGCAGUGUGUCGUUGGCAGUUUCUGUGUUAAAAGAAGUGCAUGCACAAGUCUCCAAAGGGGUGAUUGUCCAUUCCAAAGUUCAUUGUGAAAUGCUGUUCUGUGAAUCAAUAAACAUUUUGCUAUGUCGACCCUUAAAA